AUGUGUGUAUUGGACAGAAUAAUUAACAAAAGCAAGCAGGAAAAUAGACCAGCACUGGAAAGUGUCAACAGCACAUAUUCUGAGGUUGACGAUCCAGCUCAAAGCGCAUAUUUUGUGCUAGAAAAUCCUUCUACCUAUGAAGUGGUUGAUAACAGUAUUAUACACUCGGAGAGUCCUUACAAUGAGACUGAAGAGGGAGACUACGACCAUUUGAGAAACAAAGAUGCCAGGAAGAAAACUGUGGAUGACACCUAUCAACAUGCAACGUUUGAUAGCAACAUGGGUAUAUGUGACUACGAUACCUCAACUACUGAUCAGAAACACGACACUGACAGCACAUACGAUCAUAUGCAUGAGUCUUUAAAUGAACAAAGGGAUUCUGAUUAUGGAUAUAAUUCCAGUGAAACAUAGUUUGAAGCAUACAUUUAUAAUAAGGAAAUAAAAUUCCCGUGAAAGCUUCAGAUGCAUGCAUUUUAUGUAUUAAAUUAUAUAUUUAUUUCUGUCAAAAUUUCAAUAUUCAAAGAGCAGUAUUCAAAUGAUGUCAAUGAUAUGAAUUGUGAUCUGAAAAUUGUUAACAAUUUAAAUAUGUACCUUUUCCAAGAAGAAUACAUGGAGUUAAUGUCAUGAUAUUAUCUUUUUUAAUUUACAAUUUAUAUUUAGAUUAAUUUUUUCUUUAUUUUGAA